AUAGGGUUAGGGUUACUCACGAACCCCAAAAGUGUCAUGAUAUCUUUUGUAGCCGACUCUCUCACCUCUUUCUGAGGCAAGAAUGAACUCCACACAGCUGAAGUGUUCCCCCCUCACGCUCCUCAUGCACUCGGUCCAUUUUCUGUCCCCGUUAUUCACUGGUGUCUUUCCUUGUACAGCCCCUCCAAAGUCAGCUCUCUGACCACCAGCAGAGCCGUCUUCAUUUCCAGGACCUUCCUGAGCUAUUCCCGCCACGAUAAGCCCAGCUGAUGAGUUACUGGAUGAACAGCGACACGGGUUGAUAGAGCAAUUUAUAGACUUAUCGACAAAACCCUUUCAAAAGUAUGCUGAGGCGACGGAGUGUAAAAUGGCUACUAAUAUCAACUCCAAGCCAACAACACCAGGGUGCGACGGUUUAAGAAAGAAGCCAAAAGAUGCCGAGAGCAAGAGUGAUUUGGAGGAUAAUCAGAUAUCGGACGAAGAUUCCAAUGACGAGACACCUAGCGGAAAGAGAAAGCUGAUGUCAUGAGGAAACAAUAGAUAUAAUACCAUGUAACUAUACCCAUCUAUCAAUAGUAC